CACCCCCACUGACAACAGCAGCGAAUUGUCACUUGAAAUGUCAAAAGUGGUCAAAUUUUUGAGUGUAAUCUACUUUUUCCGAGUUGCGUGAUAAAAUUUGGCUUUUUCUUUCAACUACCAGUGUAAAAAAAAGUAUUUAUCUAUUGAAAAAGUCAAAUUGCGUAGUUAAAUGGCGCAUUCAUAGAACGCUGUGUAUAUUUACCAAGUGUUUUCGUAUAAGCUGCUUAAAAUUGCCCUUAAUGCUGGAUUGAGUGCACCAACACUCAUACCAACGCAUUAGUGCGUUUUAUGAUAGCAGCAACGGCUGCAGGCUGAUUCAUUUUUAAGGACCCCACUGGUUAAUGUUAAGAAAAAAGUUGCAAUUGAAUAGUUGAAGCAAGUCUAUUCCUAUCACGGUUACAUCAAUAUCCCAGUACCCAGUACCAUGUAUCAGACCGCUUGCAAUGUCGCUACGACUGGCUCAUGUGUGCCUGGUACGGAAAAUGAUCGCGACGCUGAACGUCAAGCUGCACUUAUGGCACAGCAGCCACCCACCGCACCGGUGGAACCAGAUUACAGCGGAUUUGAUAUAGUCAAAGCGACACAGUAUGGCGCUAUUGCACGUGUACGUGAACUUAUUGAAUCUGGUUGGGAUGUUAAUCAACCCGAUAGUGAGACUGUAACUUUGCUACAUUGGGCAGCCAUUAAUAAUAGGCGUGAUAUAAUACGUUAUUUCCUGGAGAAAGGCGCCAUUGUAGAUGCCGUAGGUGGUGAAUUGAAUGCGACACCCUUACAUUGGGCAACAAGACAAGGGCAUCUCGGUUCCGUUGUGCUGCUGAUGAAUGCUGGUGCUGAUCCACGCAUACGUGAUGCCGAGGGUUGUUCCUGCAUACACAUUGCAGCACAGUUUGCGCAUACAGCUUUGGUUGCGUAUUUCAUAGCAAAAGGUGUUGAUCCAGAUUUGCAAGAUCGUGGCGGGAUGACUGCGCUCAUGUGGGCCGCUUGGAAGGUCUGUGCACUGGAUCCCGUACGUUUAUUGCUCACGCUUGGCGCAAAUCCAGCUAUGGUCGAUUACACGCACGGCAACACUGCGUUACAUUGGGCCAUACUGGCACGCAACGCUACUGCAAUUUCUACAUUGGUUCUAAAAUCACGCGCCUCCCUCGACGUUCCUAAUUUGCGUGGCGAAACGCCUUUAACAAUGCUAGAAUCACAGGCAGGCGCAAUAUGGAUUGGUUCCAAAGUAUUAGAUCGCGUACGUGAGGCUUCACAAAAAACCCAAACACAACGGUCAUUAAUAUCACGCCUACGUCAUGAUAAACGUCUACGUUGGUGGGCAAUGGUUGCUUGUCCAUUCACCGCGUUUUAUUUAGCUGGCGUCGUAUUUACACUAAAUACACUGUAUAUAAUUAAAUUCUUCCUUCUUGGAUGCUUGUAUGGCAUCUUCCAUACGCUUGGUAAAGCAUUAUUCGAUGAGCAUUUACUGGCAUUAUUACCAUUAAGUGUGUAUCUGGCGACGAAAGCGUGGUUCUAUGUCACGUGGAUUGUAUAUAUUGUGGAUGCGGUUUCGUUUGCGGAAACCUUAGUGUUUUUGGCUUGCUCCGCAGCGCUUUGGGUAUGUUUUAUGAAGUCAUGGAAAGGCGAUCCAGGUAUUAUACGGCCGACGCAGGAGCAACGUUUUAAAACGAUUGUGGAAUUGUCAGAACGCGGUGGUAUUGGGUUUGAACCCUCUUCUUUCUGCUCCGGCUGUCUGGUACGGCGUCCGAUACGUUCCAAGCAUUGCAGCGUUUGCGAUCGUUGCGUUGCGCGUUUCGACCAUCACUGCCCCUGGGUGGGCAAUUGUAUUGGUCUCAAGAACCACGCUUACUUUAUGGGUUUCCUCUGGAUGCUACUCAUCAUGUGCUGUUGGAUGUUAUAUGGUGGCGCCUGUUAUUAUAUCUAUCAAUGUAAUGUAUACUUUACGCUCGUACCGCUGACGGAUUUCCAAAAAGCAAUUAUGGACAUAGCCAAUUGUAAUGCCUGGGUCGGUUGGGUGAUGGCGAAUGCAUUGUUACAUCUUUCCUGGGUUGUGCUGCUAACAAUUUGCCAGACAUAUCAAGUCGUCUGCUUGGGUAUGACUACUAAUGAGCGCAUGAAUCGUGGACGCUACCGGCAUUUUCAGGCGAAAGGCGGACAUAGUCCUUUCACACGUGGACCAUUCAACAACUUGGUCGAUUUUUUGGAGUGCAAAUGUUUUGGCUUAGUGCAACCGCGUCAUGUCGAUUGGAUGAAUUACUACGAUAUGGAUAUGCAGGUGGGCCGUACAACGGUGGAACAAGAACCGCUAUUGCGUGGCAAUGCCGAUGGUGAAGGUGGUGGCACUGAGUUGGCGCACUACCAGUACGUGUAGGAUAAGUCGAAUCGGGAUGCGGAGACGCGCAAUGCACCCAUAGCAAAUGUUUAGGCAAAUACGCAGGCAUGUCACGGUCGUAAAGGUAAAAAACAAUGGCAUUUUUUCAAGUGCUUCAAUUGACAGGGUGUGUAGUGGUGGUUUAGAAGUGAAAUGGUUUGUGUUAGCAAUGCUCCGUUGUUGUAGUAGUGCUUGUGAAAAUUGUGCGAUGUGCAAUUUUUCUUUAAAUAUAUUUAUAAAUUUAUUGAAUUAAUUUUGCAUUAUUUUUUGUACAAUAUUACAAGUUCUUAUUUAUAUAAAAAAUUGUCAACUGUCGCUGCUACAACAACGUUGUAUGUAAUGUGAAUAUUCAAGCCAUAGGGAACAUUUGCUAAGCGUAUUAAACUUUUACUGUAUUAUAUGUAAACCUAAUUAUUAUAGUUUAUAAUAUUUAUUAUGCUUGGGUGGAAUAUGUGUGAACAAAGCAUAAGUAAGUUUUAUUUCGUUGAUGCGCCUAUUCAAUUACAUAUAUACUUAAUACAAAUGUAAUUAUUAAUACUAAGUAAUUUUUAUUUGUAGUUCGAUACUUCUUAAAAGUUUUAGAUAGCAGUUUAUGAGCAAUAUAGUAAGCUUUGCCAGUUUAGGUUAGGAAUUUUUAUUAUUUCAGAUUAAUCACUCGCUGUGCAAACUUAGUUAAAUCAUUUUUAGUAAAUACUUACUAGCAAGUAUUAGCAAGAACAAAUGGUUAUAUGUGUAGGACAUUGUAGUGCAUUUGCAGUUUGGGCAGCCGUAUGUGUGUGGUCAACGUAAACCGAUUCAAAAUAGUAUGAAAAAUAUUGUGCAUCAUAAGUAAAAUGCAAACGAAAUGACAUUAGAUAUAUGGAAAACAAUUUGUUAUAAGAAAAAUGUAUUGACUACUUAAAAUUCUUGAUGUAAAACAAGCUAUAAAGAUAAGCAAAGUGGUAUCUGGCGUUGGAAAGUUUUAAAGUCAUUUCUAGCUUGAAAUUUAUAUUUUCGACUUAGCCGAAAAGGCAUUGUUUAUUAAGUUAAAUUAUAUAUUUCAAAAUAUAUAAAGAAACAUGUUUUAAAAUAUAAUAUUUCAGUUAAACAUUGUAAAAUUGUCAUUUGUUAAAAGAAUAUGUUUUUUUGUUAAACAUUUUAAUUAAAUUUUUUUAAUCCUUUCGAAUUCGGUUCGGUUUUGAUGAUAUACAUUUUCAAUUUGAAUAUUUUUUUUCGAUUAAUCAAUACUUUAAAUAAUUUCAAAAUAAAAUUUUUAUAAUUUUUUUUUUUUUUACUAAACUAUCUAGUUUUCACUUCGAAGUAAUACAUUUUUAAUUUGAUUUUAUAAUCUUGUUUUACUUUUUUAAUGCUAUUUUAUUUAUUUAUUUUUUUUAUUAUAUUAUUAUUUUUUUAAUUAUAUUUUUAUUUUUUUUUAUAAUAAUACAUAUUUUUUUUGAUAAAUUUGUUUAUCUGAUAAAUCAAUUCCAACAAAAACACUGCUCUGAAUCGACAAGAAAAGACAAAAUCAUAUAUUACUAAUAUCUUUGUGCAUGGAUUAAUGAAAUGUAGCUAAACAAACACGAUAUAAUAUUUAUUCUAAAAAUCCCCAAAAAACAGCUUAAAAUAAUGUAAAACUGAAAAACAAUUUGACCUGCUUAAUAGACAUAAAUUAAUAUAUUUAAGGAAGAAGCAAAAACCAUUUUACAUAUUGUUUAAUUUAUACAAAUAAAAAAUUUUUUUUUUUAGAAAAUAUUUUUUAGAGGCCUUAAUGUUAAACGUUAGCUAACUACUCCUUCGCAAUACGAAAUUUGGCUAGCAAGUAUAUAUGUGUAUUUAUUUUAUAAUUAAUAAUUGUAAUUGAUUUUGUGUCAUAAAACAAACGUUCAAUGCACGUGACAUUUGCUUUUUACAAAAUCUAUACUUGGCAUUUAUACUUAAUUAUAGAAUAUAAAGCGCAGUUAUUAAUAAUUACAACAAAGAAAAUUUUAAUACGCACAUUUAUUUUGUUACUUCUAAGUAAUACAACAAACUUGUAAUACAAGGUGUAGUUACAGGAGGAAGCGUCAGUUUUAUACCGAAAAAAUCGUCAAGUUGAAAACCCACUUACUUAAACCGUAACUAUGCGCCUACAUACAUAUAUACAUAUACAUAAGUCCCACCAAAAACACACACAAAUCAGUUCUAAAAAUUAAGCAUGCAAAAAUCAUAAAAUAAGCUUGUAGUAAUUGUAAAGUAUUACAAAUGGCCAUACAAAAUUCUAAAAAAUGCACAAUUUUUAGAAUAUUUUAUGCAGCAUUUAGCACUGGCUCCUCUUUAAUUCUUUCUGCGCCAAAAUAUCUGAUAGUUGCUCCCACCAGAACAAAUGUAAAUACAUAAGUAGAUACAGUUACGAACAUAAAUGCAAAGCCAGUGAGCAAAACAAUAUUGAGAACAUUUGUUUAAUGUUUUAAGACUAUUAUUAACAAAUAAAACUAAAUCCGAAGAUGAAAUAACUAACAAUAUUGGUAAUUUUGCGUAUAUUGUUAGCCGCAAAUUAUUAUUUUUGCUUAUUAGAAAGCGUCAAAAAUUAAAUUGUUUACAUAUAAACGAACAAGCAAAUUUACGAUUGAAAGUUAAGCUAUAUAUAAUAAACAUACGAGAACAAAACACCAAAUAUUUUUGUUAUAAAAACGAAAAAUAAUAUUAAAAAUAUAAAUUGAUGUCUUUUUUAAUUUGUUAAUGUAAAAUAAAAGUAGCUACAUAAACAAAACAAAAAGCUAGUUAAUCUAAACAUAUAAUGAAAAUCGAUAACAUUCGGGAAAAUGCUUCAAUCAUCGAUAACUACAUAUAAAUUUGAGCGUUAAGAUAAAAAAUAAUACUAAAUUCAACAAAAAAUAAUAAUAUAAUUGCAGAAUAUAUGUAUAUGUCAACAAAACUAUGCAAGUAUUGCGCGUAUAAGAACUGUACAUUUCAAACCACUCUAUCUUAUACCAUCAAAUAAAAAUGUUUAAUAAAAAAAUAUAAAAAAGUUUAACUAAAAAGCUAGCAAUUUGCACCAAACAUUCUAGUCAGCCAAACAUGCUAAAAAUACGUUCACAUUACCAUUUAACUUAUAUAUAAAUAAAAUAUUUUUAACAGCUCUUUAAUAAAUUGAAAUAUACACUAAAUAAA